UCUAAAGCGCGGCGCGGCGCCGCGUCCCGCAGACGGCCAUGGCCGCCGCCGCGCAGUACCUCCCGCGCUCAGCCGCGCUGCUGCACCCCGACGGCGACCGCCUGCACCAGGGCACCACGUACCGCGAGGUGCAGAAGAUGAUGCACCACGAGUACCUGCAGGGCCUGGCCCCCGCCGCCGCCGGGCACGCCGUCGGGUUGGCGCACCACCAGUGGCUGCCCAGCGCCGGCACGGACUGGGGCAGCGGCGGCGGAGGAGGAGGCGGCGCGCACCUCCCGCCGGCGGCCGAGCACGGCAAGGGCGGCCCGGGCGGACCCCGCGAGGAGCUGCCCCCCCCAGCCGCCGCCUUCCACCCGCGGCCGCACCUGGUGCCGCAGGCCGGCGGCUGGGCGCAGGGCGCGGGGCCGCCCCCCCACCUGCCCCCCAUGUCGCCGCCGUCGGGGCAGCCGCUGCUUUACGGGCAGCCUUACGGCGGUCUCAACGGGAUGCUGGGCCCGCCCGGCCCCGCGCUGCACCACGGGCACGGGCUGCGCGACCCGCUGGGCGCCGAGGAGGCGGCGGGCCACGAGCUGGCGGCCUCCCCCCCGCCGCCGCUGGGGCCGCCCGAGCCGUCGGACGAGGACGCGCCGAGCUCCGACGACCUGGAGCAGUUCGCCAAGCAGUUCAAGCAGCGGCGGAUCAAGCUGGGCUUCACGCAGGCCGACGUGGGGCUGGCGCUCGGCACCCUCUACGGGAACGUCUUCUCGCAGACCACCAUCUGCCGCUUCGAGGCGCUGCAGCUGAGCUUCAAGAACAUGUGCAAGCUGAAGCCGCUGCUCAACAAGUGGCUGGAGGAGACGGACUCCAGCACGGGCAGCCCCACCAACCUGGACAAGAUCGCGGCGCAGGGCAGGAAGCGCAAGAAGCGCACCUCCAUCGAGGUGGGCGUCAAGGGCGCCCUGGAGAACCACUUCCUCAAGUGCCCCAAGCCCUCGGCGCACGAGAUCACCUCCCUGGCGGACUCCCUGCAGCUGGAGAAGGAGGUGGUGCGGGUCUGGUUCUGCAACCGGCGGCAGAAGGAGAAGCGCAUGACGCCGGCCGGGCUCCCUCACCCGCCCAUGGAGGACGUUUACGCACAGGCGGACACUUCGCCGCUGCACCACGCGCUGCCCGGCGCCGUGCCGUGACCGCCGGCCCCGCCGCUGGGCCCCGACGGCG